CUCUGGCCGCUCCUCCUGGGUGUCACUGAAAGCCCUGUCCUUCCUAGACAGACUGACAUCAAAUCAUCCAGAGGUUGGAAGAAGGUGUGUGUAUGUGGGGGAAAGGUGGGGGGUGGCUCAAGACCACACUGGUCCUGGAGCAGGGUGCCAGAAGCACCCUCAGUGCCCCUAGCUUGCUUUUCUCCUCCCUCUUUUUAUUCUCAAGUUCCUUUUUAUUUCUCCCUUGCGUAACACCCUUUUUCCCUUCUGCACCACUGCUCCCUGUCACCUUGCCACCCCACUCCUGAGGCCACAGCUAUUGGGAGGGUCGUCAGCUCAUGCCAGACUCACCUUCCUUGCUAGCCCCUAAAGGGACCCCGGGAGGUAUGGGGGCUCCGGUCCGGGAGCCAGCACUCUCAGUUGCCUUCUGGUUGAGUUGGGGGGCAGCUCUGGGGGCUGUGGCUUGUGCCAUGGCUCUGCUGACCCAACAAACAGAGCUGCAAACCUUAAGGAGAGAGGUGAUCCGGCUGCAGAGGAGUGCCAGGCCCUCGGAGAAGGGGGCAGGAUAUCCAUGGCCGAGCCUCCAGGAGCAGCAGAGCUCUGAUGUCCUGGAAGCCUGGGAAAAUGGGGAGAGAUCCCGAAGGAGGAGAGCAGUGCCCACCCGUAAACAGAAGAAGAAGCACUCAGUUCUGCACCUUGUUCCUAUUAACAUCACCUCCAAGGAGGACUUGGAUGUGACAGAGGUGAUGUGGCAACCAGCUCUCAGGCAUGGGAGAGGCCUGGAGGCCCAAGGAUAUGUUGUUCGAGUCUGGGAUGCUGGAAUUUAUCUGCUGUACAGCCAGGUCCUGUUUCAUGAUGUGACUUUCACCAUGGGUCAGUUGGUGUCUCGAGAGGGGCAGGGAAGGCAGGAGACUCUAUUCCGAUGUAUACGAAGUAUGCCUUCCAACCCAGACUGGGCCUAUAACACCUGCUACAGUGCAGGUGUCUUCCAUUUACAUCAAGGGGAUAUUCUGAGUGUGGUAAUCCCCCGGGCGAGGGCAAAACUUAGCCUCUCUCCACAUGGAACCUUCCUGGGGUUUGUGAAACUGUGAUCAUGGUAUAAAACGUAGUCCUGAGCUUGAAAACAGCCAAGAACUGACUAGACAAAGGACAGGGAAUACCUUCCAAUGGAACCUAGGGUUUGACAGGUUAUGACUCUUUGUUCCUCCCCUUUCCCAUUCCACUCCCAGCCUUUGAUUUCAUUUAUAUUAAAGAAGUAGAGUAUCUUGCUUAUACCCCCUGUUCAGCCCCAAAUUCUUAGGGAAGUGAGGAAGGAAUGCCAGGCAUUGUCUCCAUGUGCUUUGGGUCUCCCUGGAAUGCUUCCAGAACAGCACCACCAUCUAGCGGCAGUUUGAGAGAAUCAUCCUACCUACAGGCCUAAGUCCUCGGGGCCUCCCCCUCCACUCAGGGAAUUUCUGACACCCUCUGCCUCUCCCCUCUUCGGUCCCCCAACCCCCCCACAAAAGGCCUCAUCCUCACUUCCUUCUCUCACCUACUGAGCCCCAGUUGUCAUCAUUAUCUCCAGAGGUGUAUUUAUUACGCCCCCCAUCGGCAGGAGGUGUUCAACGAGAGGACUGUCCCUUUGCUGUCACAUUACACUUUGGGUUCGAAGUUUUGCCUUUAUUGCUCUGCACCCUCCCUGGCAUGGUAGGGCUACUCUUAAGUUCCUCAAAGUUGGGACCCGUCGCCGGGGAAGCCCUGGAAGAAUCGGAUGCCCUGGUGUUGGUCCUGCAUCACUCUCUGCUCAAGCCUUGCUUAAAGUUAAAUAAAGAGGAGAAUAAAUGAUA